AUGGGCAAGUUCAGGAGUUUCAUAAAGGCGAGGGCGGUCGGGGACAGCGACGACACGCGGUCGCAGACGAGCGGCGACGGGUCGCCGUACGAGAUGGAGGAUAUCGUGCCCGAUGAGAAGAUCAGGCUGCAGAAGUUGAAGCAUGUGUCGACGCAGGCGGACGUGCACUCGGUCACGGGGUCGCUUACGCGGUCGCGGCUGAACUCGCGCGUCGACGAUGGUGCGGAGUCCGAUGGGAGUGAUGAGCUGGAGGCGGAGGUGCACGAGACGAAGGUGAAGAGAGCUUUGAAACAGAGGCAUAUUGGGAUGAUUGCGUUGGGGGGCACGAUUGGUACGGGUCUGUUUGUCGGGAUAUCGACGCCGUUGUCUGUUGCCGGGCCCGUUGGAUCCCUCAUUGCGUACAUUUUCAUGGGUACGAUUAUAUACUUCGUCACACAGUCGUUGGGGGAGAUGGCCACUUUCAUCCCAGUGACGUCGUCCAUCACAGUGUUCUCGAAGAGGUUUCUGUCCCCAGCGUUCGGGGUCGCGAACGGGUACAUGUACUGGUUCAACUGGGCUAUCACGUACGCCGUCGAGAUAUCGGUCAUUGGUCAGGUUAUCCAGUAUUGGACCAAAGCGGUCCCCCUGGCAGCAUGGAUCGCUAUAUUUUGGGUUCUGGUCACACUCAUGAACUUCUUCCCAGUGAAAGUUUAUGGGGAGGUCGAGUUCUGGAUCGCGUUCGUUAAAGUGCUCGCUAUCGUCGGCUACUUGAUCUAUGCACUUGUGAUAGUGUGUGGUGGGUCCCACCAGGGGCCCAUUGGAUUCAGAUACUGGAGACACCCUGGUGCUUUCGGGCCCGGGAUCAUUUCCAAGAACAAAAACACGGGCAAGUUUCUAGGUUGGGUGGCGUCUCUAAUCAACGCUGCGUUCACUUACCAAGGUACAGAACUGGUAGGGAUCACGGCAGGUGAGGCGGCCAACCCGCGGAAAACCGUCCCCCGUGCAAUCAACAAAGUCGUCUUCAGAAUCGUUCUGUUCUACAUCAUGUCCCUCUUCUUCAUCGGGAUGCUCCUCCCUUACAACGACAAGAGGCUCAGCGCUCAGGAUGCAGUCAUCGCAUCCUCACCUUUCGUCAUCUCGAUUAAGAACGCCCACACAAAAGUUUUACCAGACAUUUUCAACGCAGUAGUCAUGGUCACCGUCAUGUCCGCGGCCAACUCGAACGUGUACGUUGGGUCCAGGGUCCUAUACGCACUAGCACUAACGGGGAAUGCCCCCAAGCAGUUCAGCUACGUGACUCGCUACGGGGUCCCCUAUUUGGGCGUCGUGUGUACAGCGUCCCUCGGUCUGCUCGCGUUCCUAGUCGUGAACAACAACGCAAACACAGCUUUCAACUGGUUGAUCAACAUCUCCACUCUUGCCGGGCUAUGCGCGUGGUUGUUCAUCUCCCUGGCACAUAUCAGAUUCAUGCAGGCACUCAAGUUUAGAGGCAUCUCAAGGGACGACUUACCCUUCAAGGCAAAACUGAUGCCCUGGGGGGCCUACUACGCGGCGUUCUUCGUCACAGUGAUCAUCUUCAUACAGGGGUACCAGGCAUUCUGCCCCUGGGACGUGUCCACUUUCUUCACCUCAUACAUCUCGCUCAUUUUACUAGCGGUACUGGUCGUAGGUUGCCAACUGUAUUACCGUGGCAGAUUCCUACUCAAACUGGAGGAUAUCGACAUAGACACGGACAGAAGAGAGAUAGAGAGCAUCGUGUGGGAGGACGACGAGCCGAAAACUCUGUGGGACAAGUUCUGGGCUUGGGCCGCUUGA